AAAUACAUUAACUAACUAAAACAAAACAUUCAUCCAGUCGGGCCGUCGACUACGUUAGCGAUAUAGGACUGAAAGGUGACUCUCACUCCCGCUCACGAAAUGCGAAUCUGCCCUCUUUGUUCUAUUUUACAUGCAUUUCUCCAUAAGCCAUAAGAACUGUAUAGGGACAAUUUAAAAUACGGCCCAGCCACGGACUUGUGUGAUAAGCGCGAGGCGCCACGUUGGGGGGUCAUUGACCAAUUGACCCUAAGAAGGAGCCGCCAUUGCGAACUACCAAACCAAAAGCACCUUUAUAGAGGUUUAAGACCAUCGUAAGUCGAUUUAGGAGAUAUGGGCAUUUUAUUGAUUAAAUAACAGGGAGCGCGAACUAUUAAUUGGUCGCUGCUAACCGACAUAUGCUGCGUUCUCGAUUUGGUCGCUGGAUAUCGAUCAGACGCUAGCUUCACACACAUAAAAUGGAAUGUGGUUUUAUUUGAUUUUGUGAGCACAUGAAAUCCUGUGACUACGUUUUACUAUUGGCUUAAAAAAAGUGGCUUAAAAUGUCUGCAGAAAAUAAAAAAUUUAAAAGAACUUCGGAGUCAGACAGGACAUCUGAUUAUGACCAUACAACCCAAAAAACUCUGGAAGAGAUUGACUUGAUUCAAAAUCAACUCGAUAGCAUUAAUGAGAAAGCAGCGGAAGAAAUUUUACAGAUUGAAAGAAAAUACAAUCGACUAAGGAAGCCACAGUUUGAAAAAAGGAAUCAGCUAAUUAGCAAUAUUCCUAACUUUUGGGUGACUGCUAUGAUGAACCAUCCUGAUAUAAGUAAUCUAUUUACUGGUCAAGAAGAAGAAGAUUGCUUGCACCACCUCACAAAAGUAGAAAUUGAAGAAUUUGAAGACAUAGUAUCAGGAUAUUCAAUAAAAUUUUAUUUUGAUGAAAAUCCAUAUUUUGAUAAUCCGGUUCUAACAAAAGAGUAUCAUUUGAGCAAUGAUGCUCCAACUUCCAAAAGUACCCUAAUUAAUUGGAAAGAUGGUAUCAUGCUUGGACAAUCUUCUCAAGAUACCGGAAAUAAAACUAACCGAAAAAGACGUUUGGAAUCGAUGAAAACCAGUUUUUUCACAUGGUUUUCGGAUAAUGUUGACCCUUACACCGAUGACAUUGCAGAAGAUUUUAAGGAUGACCUCUGGUUAAACCCAAUGCAAUAUUUUUUAGUUGCUGAUGGACAGGAGGAGGAAAAUGGUGUUGAAAACGAGGACGAAAGCUCAAGUGAUGAUAAUGAAGAACCGGUCGUAGACACUGAAACACCUUCUGUGUCAAACAUGCAAAAUGUGAAUAAAUAAUUAAUUUUGGGAUAUAGAUUUUAUUUUCUAAAGUAGUUUUUAUAGCUAUAGUUCAAUUGAUAAUGAAAAACUUGUAGCACAUUAAGAUAAAUGUAGCACAUAAUGACAAAUAAGUCAAGUAUGAAUAAUAAUUGCAAUAUUUAUUUCA